AUGGCUGACAUUUUCCCAAUGCUUGAUGAGCUCCACCCGCUUCUAGACUUGGAAGCUCCUCUACCUGUCCAUAUAUCUAAUGAUGAAUCAGAUGCUGGUUCGCGGAUGUCCCAUAAGAGUGAUAUUGAAAGCGUUGAGUCUAAGGAAAGUGAUAAUGACGGAGAAGGAGAAGGUGAGGAUGAUAGUGAGGAGGAGGAAGAAGAAGAAGCGGCAAAGGAGGAAAAUGAGGAUGAAAGUAAAUCUGCAAUUAAAUGGACGGAGGUUGAUCAGAAGAAUCUCAUGGAUUUGGGGACUUCAGAGCUUGAAAGGAAACAACGUCUAGAGAAUCUUAUUGCGAGGAGAAGAGCUCAAAGUUCCUCACCAGAUGCUUCGAUGGCUGACAUUUUCCCAAUGCUUGAUGAGCUCCACCCGCUUCUAGACUUGGAAGCUCCUCUACCUGUCCAUAUAUCUAAUGAUGAAUCAGAUGCUGGUUCGCGGAUGUCCCAUAAGAGUGAUAUUGAAAGCGUUGAGUCUAAGGAAAGUGAUAAUGACGGAGAAGGAGAAGGUGAGGAUGAUAGUGAGGAGGAGGAAGAAGAAGAAGCGGCAAAGGAGGAAAAUGAGGAUGAAAGUAAAUCUGCAAUUAAAUGGACGGAGGUUGAUCAGAAGAAUCUCAUGGAUUUGGGGACUUCAGAGCUUGAAAGGAAACAACGUCUAGAGAAUCUUAUUGCGAGGAGAAGAGCUCGUAAAAACUUGAGAUUGAUGACGAGAAGAAUCUGA